UCSUUGAAAGGGCGUCUUUGUUGCAAUUGUGUGUAAAAAGUGUGUGAAAAAUCACGAAUAUUGGUUCAAAAAUAAGUCAAUUUCCAUCUUUAAGAGUCGAGAUAGCGAUCGAAGUGAUUCCAGUAAGUAUUAUGGCAAAAUGUGUACUGUUCAACCAGACCUUGCAGCUUAUCUUCUGAACUAUCAAGACAACGACGUUAUCAAUUCAGACGUGAAUUCUUCAAUUGUGUGUGAGGAAUCAAGUUCUAAUGACAUCAAUGAAGAAAAUUYAACAAAUGAUUCUGAAAGACUUCCCAAAAGACAAGAGAACAGAACUUCUAGCAGGAAAUCAAAUGAAAAUGYCAAGUUGACUGUUCCUACCACCAAUAAAAAGAGGCAGGAUAUCAGAGUCAAUACACAGCCUAAGAAUAAGAAARUUUGUCAAACUAUGACUGGYCCAAAUAAAAUUUUUAGCGACAAAUCAAUUAUAGAAUUGUUGAAAUACCAAGACUCAGAUCAAAUGGACACUACUUAUUCUGCACCCAGAAAUAAAGGGAUGGACUCAUCCCGAUAUUCAGAAAUUGAGAGACACGGUUUUGACAGUGGUUUACACUUGAAUGAGAAAUGGAACAGAACAUGUUUAAUUCCAGUCAGUAGCAAUGAGAUGUCAGACUCUGACAGUGAUGAUGACAGUGAUAGUGAAUCUUUUACUGAAGAUCAGCUUGCUUUGAUUGAAACAGUUAUGUCACAUGAUAUUGCUGCAUGUGAAGAUACAGAUCAUGUUUGUGAAAAUGAMAAACAAAACAACAGUUUUCCUCCUCAAAACCAAGAUGUAUUUGAUAAUGCAAAACAAACCAGCCAGAGUGAAAGCAAUGAUUUAUCAUCAAGUCAAGAAUUGAUUCCMCAUGAACCUUGUAGUACCAUUGAAGAUCAGGAAGUAUAUGUUGAUUGUAGGGAUAGUCAAGAGCUUGAGCAUGCUGCAUCAAAGCUAGAAAGAARCUCAGAAAAAAUUAAUGUGGAUAUAAYGGAAACAAGUAGURAYUCAGAMGGUUCAAUUCUAUCUGCAGAGUUAGACGGUAGUGUAGAAACACAAGAUCAGUUUACACAUUUGGAAAGUGCUGAAAGUACCAUACUCCCAGAWKUCACUCACCCAUCAAAUAAAAUGAUGCAAAAUGAUAACAAUCAUUCAUCUGAAAAAGUAGAAACUGUAMAAGGUGUCAAAAAAGAUGUCAUKGUGUUGGACAGUGAUUGUGAAACCAGAAGCAUCCAGUCCUUAGACUUUGAUUUAUUUGCAAGGAAUGAUGUCAUUGCAAGUACACCAAUCCAUUCUGUAUCUGCAAACACUUCAAUAGAUAACAACUCACUAGAGGYUACUGCAAGGUUCAAAGUCCAUGAAUGCACACCAAAUGAAAUGUCCAAAAAUGCCAUUAAUUACCUUAUGAGGAUGGAUGAAGAUGAUGUUGAUGAUGCUAUUGAAAGUAUGUUGACCAGUCAGUUUCCUAGGUUUGAUGCAUUUAGUGCACUUAUACAUCCUACCAGAUUGCCACUUUGUUCUUCACAUUACGAUGACAGUGAACAGCAGAGUAGCAGUAGUGAAYUAGUUGAUGAUAUGAUGAUAGAAACUGAAGUUUGUGCAGAAGUAACAGUUGAUAAUGACAUACCAAACCCAUUAGAAGAAGAUGCUCCGUUUUUGCCCCCAGAACGAAGGGAUACAGCUGAUGUGGCACAAGAGGAACUUCCUAGCAAUUAUUUACAGAAACCAUCUACAGAUACCCCUCAGGUGGCCCAUAAGAACUCAAAGAAUAAAUGCAAGCCAAAAAUAGAUAAGAUCAAAGAAAGUAAAUCAGUAAAACCAAAAACAGAUAGAAGUGUAAUACAAAAGAAACUCAAACAAAAGAAGUGYACUGUAAUGACAGAACUCAAGAAACAGCAGUUGUUAUCCAAAUACAUUAAUAACGGUAAACAGAUGCAGCUAGUGAUUCCUUUUCUUCCAAUUAGAUCCAAGAAAAAGACCAAUUUCAAAGUAAUGYCGAGGAACACAUCACUGAUCAACAAGGUAAUUAAUAAACCUACAUCUGUUGUGCAAAAGAAACCCUACAGUGGUAAGAAUACUGCAGAAAUCACCACCAAAGAUACAAGAAUUCCAUCUCMUUCCACAACUAGCAAUUCACAGACAAGUGAGGCUGUAGAAAAGAAAGAACUGGAAGUUCCAACAGAUGAUAAUGAUGAUACAAUUAGAUCUAUAUCUACCAAUGUUGCCAAUGAUUCAAGGUCAAGUGAUAGAGAACCAAAUGUAAAUAAUGUCAAAGUUGAUAAUUAUCAAACAAAUCAAAACACUGAGUGUUUAAGCAUCAACAAUGAGACUCCAUGUGAUUCUGAGAUGUGUGAAGAACGUUUGUCCACAACCAACAAUGUUGAUGUAUUGAGUGCUGUUUGUGAACUAGACAUUGAAACUGAUGUGUCAAAUACUAUAACACAACAAGCUCAUCAGAUUUCAUCAGGUCAAGCAUCAACUGGAAGUAUUGAUCUAGGCUUUAAUGUUAAACUUUCAGACACUAUAGAAGAUGAAGAGGCUUUGAAAUUACAAUCAGACAGCAACUGCGAGGAGAAUGUGGAUUUAAGUUCAUGUGUAGUACAAGCAAAAGAGCAAACUGAAGAUGAGGACUGUACUCCUAUUGCAGACUCAUGUCAGCAUGCUUUUGUUGGCAGUYGUAAAGAUUCUUUCAUACAAGAAGAGGAACUGCAAGAAGGAUCUCUUGARCUCUCACUGGGGAAGAAUACCAAUAAUGCCAUGGAUAAUGACACUUCAAUUGAAAGCUGCAAGGAUACACUACUUAAAAAGAAAGAACACCUAGAAGAAUCUACAAUAAUGCCAUGGAUAAUGACACUUCAAUUGAAAGCUGCAAGGAUACACUACUUAAAAAGAAAGAACACCUAG